AUGGAACCGGCCGAGCGCGCGGAGUCCGAGUUCCCGAUGGAGCCACUGGGCAGUCGCACGCUGGAGUCGGAGACCCCGGGGACCCCGGGAACGCCGGGGACUCCGGGAACCCCAGGAACGCCGGGGACGCCGCGCCUGUCCCCCGGCUGCGCGCGCCGCGCCCCGGCCACCACCGUUCCCCGGAGCCCACUGGCCGGGCUCUGGGACCAGGAGCGCGCCGCGCCCGCAGAGAGACCCCCGGGCUCGCCCUUCGGCUGCUGCCGGUGCCGCGAGCUGGACCCGGGCGCUAAGGAGGUGGCCGCGCUGCUGCCCGGCGCCGAGGGAGACAAGCUGCCGCGCGCCAUCGCGCUCAUAGGACUCUCCAAGUACAUGAAGUCCCUGCGCUGGGCCCUGGUCAUCAUGGCUCUGCUCCUGGCAGUGUCUGCGGUCACCAAUGUGGUCCUGGCUUCUCGAGGAGGGACCACGUGCCGCCCGUGUCCCCAGGGCUGGCUGUGGGCCGAGGAGCAAUGCUUCUACCUCUCCAAGGAUGCACGCGCCUGGGAGGACAGCCGGGCUUUCUGCUCUGCCCACCGGGCCACCCUCCCUCUGCUGAGCCACACCCAGGGUGUCCUGAGCAGACAGCACAUGGCCGUGCGCUCUUGGGUGGGAGCCCGGCGUGACCACCGGGGCUGGCACUGGACUGAUGGGGCACCCCUGCCACCGCAGCUGCUCCUGGAGGACCCAGAGCAGCCGGAGCUGAGCUGUGGGGGCCUGGAGGAAGGCCAGUUGGUGGCCCUGGACUGCAACAGGCCCCGACCUUGGGUCUGUGCCCUGAACGCUGAAUGA